AUGUCCAAGCCAAGCAUCAUCUUUGCCCCAGGUGCCUGGUAUCCGCCAACGGCAUUCGACCCCCUCAUCUCCAAGCUAGUCGGAUACAACUGCUACACCUGCGCAUUCCCAUCGAUCCAGAAAGCGCAAACCACCAAGGAUCUAAAAUCAGACAUCGAAACGGUUCGAUCGCUUGUACAGCAGGAAGCAGACGCAGGUCGUGAUGUUCUUGUCGUUUCACAUAGCUGGUCCGGUGUGCCGGUGAACAGUGGUCUAGAUGGGUUAAGCAAGACUGAGCGUGAACGGGAAGGCAAGAAAGGCGGUGUUGUACGGCUGGCCUUCAUAUCAGCAUUUAUUCCCGAGAUCGGCGAGAGCCUCAUUAGUGCCUUGGGGGGCACGGCGCCUGAUUGGCAUUUGCAUGAUGUUGAAACCGACACAGUUACUGCUGCUGAUCCCGUUGGCCAUUUCUUCCACGACGUGCCUGAUGGAGAAGAGUGGGCUAAGAAACUUGGGCCGCAUUCUUGGUACACGAAGCGCGUGCCCGCGUCUAGUGCAGCAUAUCUUACUAUCCCAUCUUCAUAUCUGCUGUGUGAGCAUGACAAGGCGAUUCCUCUGGCUGCGCAGCAGUGGAUGGUUGAUCGGGCACGGGAAAAAGGCGCGCUAUUUGAGACCGAGACUAUCGCAACGGGGCAUACUCCAUGGCUAGUAUUAACAGAUGAGGUUGCCACUUAUAUUCGGAGACAGGCAGGUGAGAAUAUCUAA